AUGGAGCGAUCAAAUGAGGAUACGCCACGGCUUACCAAUGUUAAGCGUCAACGGAUUGUACAAGUUGCAUGGACUCGCCUUCGGGAUGAGGCACUGUUGACAGCCGGCGAGCAGUCGUUUACGACAGAUUCCAGGUUUCAAAUAUCGCUCAAGCCAUCCGAGGCUGACUGGGUGCUAAUUAUUAGGUAA